UUCUCUUUCUUGUCAAGUGAUAUAGAUAUUUGAUUAUGGAGCCUGCUAAUAUCAAUAUUGAAGUAGUUGAAUGCUCGAAAAAGAGGAAAAAAGUUAUGCUUCUGAAAUUAUUAAAAAAUCCAGAGUAUCUGGGAGUGCUUACACCAAUAGUGCAGGGAAUCCAAUCAUGGAGUUGAAACCAGGAAACGAUUGCAAGUGUCGUCGGAUGUGCUACAUCAAAGUAUCAGAGGAGAAUCGACUUACUGUUUUUAAAAACUUCAGAGGCAUGAGCUCCAAGAAUGAACAGGACAAUUACCUACAAUCGCUGAUUUCAGCUUCUGAGGUGAAGCAACGAAGAAGAAGGAAGCCAGAAGAAGAGUCCAAUAAACCAGAAAGAGGGAGCUGUGCUGAACUGGAGUUCGAAGAAGGGAGAACCAGAUUGCCAACAGAUCUUCAAUAUUAA